AUACGCAUGCGUAUGCAUGAUCUUUUCGAACAAGUACGUGGUUUUCCAUAAGACUUCACCACACCCGCCAAGUCUGUAUCUUCCUGGAAAGCGAACAAAAUCUUGACUGACAUACAAGCAGGUUUAUUACGCCGAAAGUGGGAAAAGAUGAGUCUUCCUGAUUGCAAAUCUCUCGGGAAACAAUCCAACGCUAUUUUUCAUCUGAACUCACCCAUAGUGCAGCUGAAUAUUGGUGGACAUGUGUACUGCACAUCACUGAGCACACUCAGGAAGUGCCCCAACUCUAAGUUGGCAGACAUGUUCACUGGGCAGCCCAAGCUGCAGACAGAUGCUGGAGGUAGAUUCUUCAUUGACAGAGAUGGGACACACUUCCAAGGCAUUCUUGAUUUUUUGCGCACCCAACGGCUUCCUACUGAGCACGUGCAGGAAGUGUAUCGAGAAGCGCUGUUCUAUGAUGUCAAGCCGUUGGUGAAGCAGCUGGAGGAGACGCCGCAGCUCUUUGGAGAGAUGGUGGGAAGACAGCAGUUUCUGGCAAGGGUGCCGAAUUACCGGGAGAACCUGGAGGUGAUCAUUAGGAUAGCCCGGGCAGAGGCCAUUGCCAGUCGCACUUCCAGUAUUAUUGUGUGCAUUCUGAGAACGGAGGAGGAUGUCAACCGAUACACUGAUGCAAUUAACAGCCUGGACACUGACAAAGAGUCAGUGGUGAGCUUUGGCCCUUGGAAAGCCCUUCCCACUGUUGGAGACCUGCUUGACUGUAUUAAAAUGGACAUUGAAGCAAAGGGAUACAAGAUUACUCUCCAACCACACAGUACUGAGAAAGUGUUCAGUUUCAAGAGCUACGACUUCUUUUACAGGUUGAUUUUCACCUGGUGGUAGAUGUGAAAAGCAACAUCAGAGAUGGAUGUGGGACAUUCACAUGCUUGCUUUGUAGUUCAACCAAGUCCAUACCAUGAUAAAUGACUAAAAUCAUUGUAAACCAGAUUGAAUAUUUGGAAUGUUCAGAAAACAAAUAUUCAACAUAGCUGCUUUCAUAGAGGCUUUCUGUACCUAAUUUGCUAUAAAAAUAUUGGAAAAAACCUUUAUUGGAGUCUAACAUUUGAAGAUUCAAACCAUAACUGCCACAUUUGAACCCAUUUUCUGUUUACUCUUCCUUUAUAUUCUGCUAAACUCCAAUACGAAUGGGAGCUACCGCUAAUGUGUACUGACACAAUGACAGUGCUGCUUUGUCUUAGAGAAUAAACAAUUUCCUAUGGGUUAUAUAUUAACAAUGUGCUACUGAUUUAUACUCAUUUAGAUACUCAUAUUAGUACAAAGUUAAAUCUAUUGUAUUUAUUUUUGUAAAUUUAAAUGAAACAUUGUUAUUGUGGAUAAAUGUUAUUUCUCUUCGGUUCAUAUGAGAAUUGUACAGAUAUGAGUACAAAUGAAAUCCAGUGGAAAAUAAAGUUGGAAUAAUAUAUUUAAUAGGAACGUUAACUUUGGAAAACAGUUCCCAUUGUUGCACUGUCAACUUCAAUGAACCACAUCCAAAGUAAAUAAAAAUUAUUGAAUUGUGA